AUGUCUGAGUACAUCUCUCGGCUGCAGAGCGUAAUCCUUGUGCAAAACCUGCCGGAUUGCAAUAGCCACGAGCUGGAGGAACUAUGCAAGCCCUUCGGGGAAGUCCUGGGAACGAUGUUGAUGGGAAACCGCGGGCUUGUGCAAUUCGUAUGUGAGGAUCAAGUCAAGGACGCCAUCAAGGCGCUGAACAAGUCGUCCUUCAAGUCAAAUGUUCUUGCAGUUAGAAACGCGAGUUACCGCAAAUUGGAGGAAAGUGUCUAUGUUCCUCCUACCAAGAAGCAGCGCGUUCAGGAGGACAUGGAGGUGGAGGAGGAGGUCCAGUCAGAGGGCGAGCACCGAGAACUGGAAGAAGACAUGGAAAUUGGAUGA